ACCAAUCUAAGCAGAGGGUGGCAGCGAUUUUUUCCAAUUCCCAGAAAAUGGCAUCGCCGGCAGCAAUUCAGAGAUCCUCCGCUACCCCAACCACCGCAUCCUCUCCCUUCCCUCUCCAACGCCUCUCCACCUUCAAAACCCCCUCUUCAUCAUCUACCCCCUUCUCCUCCACCACCACCACCACUCCUUCAUCCCUUCUAGACUCCUUUGCCAAUGAUCCCAUCCUCUCCCCCUUUUUAUCCCCAUCCUUUUCCUCUACCUCUUUCUCCUCCGCCGCCCUCUCCUCUGGUUCUCCUGCCUCCACUGCCGAACAUCUUCUCCAAGCCAUCCGCCUCCUUGAUUCCCAACUCCGUUCUCAUGUUCUCUCCCACCAUCCCCUCCUCCUCACCCAGUUGUCUUCUCUCAAGAACGCUGAGCUUUCUCUCUCUACCCUUCGGUCUUCCGUUUCAUCGCUGCAGUCUUCUCUCCAUCGGAUCCGAUCUGAGCUCUCUGAUCCCCACAAAGCCGUCCUCUCUAAGACUGCCCAGCUCUCCAAUCUCCAUCGCACUUCCGAGCUCCUCUCUCAUUCCAUCCGCGCCCUCCGUCUCUCCAAGAAGCUUCGCGAACUCAUGUCUGCUGCUGAAUCUGAACCUGAGAAGCUGGAUCUAACCAAGGCUGCGCAGCUGCACUGUGAGAUCUUGAGUUUGUGCGAUGAAUAUGGUCUUGCGGGCAUUGACGUUGUUGACGAGGAGCUCAAUGUGGUGAAAGAGAUAGGGAGCAGGUUAAGAAGUGAGGCAAUGGGAGUGCUGGAGAGGGGAAUGGAGGGGCUGAAUCAGGCUGAGGCUAUUUCAGGAGGGGGUGGGGGAUUUGGGCCAGGAGGGAUACGGGGGAGUGGAACGCCUCAGAUUGGGGGAGGUGGGAAGGCAAGGGAGGCAUUGUGGCAGAGAAUUGGAAGUUGUAUGGAUCAGUUGCAUUCCAUUAUGGUUGCUGUUUGGCACUUGCAGAGGGUUCUGUCCAAGAAGAGGGAUCCAUUUACGCAUGUGUUGCUGCUUGAUGAGGUCAUUAAGGAGGGUGAUUUCAUGUUGACAGAUAGAGUUUGGGAGGCACUUGUAAAGGCUUUUGCUAGCCAAAUGAAAUCUGCUUUUACUGCCUCAAGUUUUGUCAAAGAGAUAUUUACAAAUGGGUAUCCGAAGCUCUUUUCUAUGAUUGAAAACCUUCUUGAAGGAAUUUCACGUGACACCGAUGUCAAAGGGGUUGUGCCAGCAAUCAGUUCAGGGGGAAAAGAUCAAAUGGUUGCAGCUAUUGCCACAUUUCAGACAGCUUUUCUAACUAGCGUCUUAGGCCGGUUGUCAGAUCUUGUAAAUUCUGUAUUUCCAGUUUCCAGCCGUGGUAGUGUUCCUUCAAAAGAGCAGAUCUCAAGAAUUACAUCACGAAUUCAAGAAGAAAUUGAAGCAGUUCAGUUGGAUGCACGUUUGACUCUUCUUGUCUUGCGUGAAAUUAGCAAGGUUUUGCUUCUGAUUGCAGAACGAGCUGAAUACCAGAUAUCUGCUGGUCCCGAAGCGCGCCAAGUAACUGGUCCUGCAACACCAGCUCAAAUCAAGAACUUUGCAUUAUGUCAGCAUCUGCAGGAAAUUCAUACACGUGUAUCCUCUAUGAUGACAGGCCUGCCAGCUAUUGCUACUGAUGUGUUGUCAGCAUCACUGGGUGCAAUAUAUGGGGUUGCUUGUGACUCUGUAACUGCUUUAUUCCAAGCGAUGAUUGAUCGUCUUGAGUCCUGCAUCCUGCAAAUUCAUGACCAGAACUUUGCUGUGCUUGGUAUGGAUGCUGCUGUGGACAAUAAUGCUUCACCUUACAUGGAGGAGUUGCAGAAAUCCAUUCUUCACUUUCGUAGUGAGUUCCUAUCUAGGCUGUUGCCAUCUAGAGCAAAUUCUGCAACUGGAGGGACAGAAACUAUAUGCACUACACUUGUUAGGAGGAUGGCUUCACGGGUUUUGAUAUUCUUUAUCAGGCAUGCCUCUCUUGUAAAACCCCUUUCAGAAUCAGGGAAAUUAAGGAUGGCUAGAGACAUGGCUGAGCUGGAAUUAGCCGUUGGCCAGAAUUUGUUCCCAGUAGAACAACUUGGUGCCCCCUACCGAGCUCUUCGGGCAUUCCGACCCCUUAUUUUCUUGGAAACAUCUCAACUGGGAGUGUCUCCUCUGCUUCAAGAUCUGCCCCCAAGUGUCAUACUUCAUCAUCUUUAUUCUCGUGGACCUGAAGAAUUGCAGUCACCUCUCCAGAGGAACAAACUUACUCCAAUGCAAUACUCAUUAUGGCUGGAUUCUCAUGGGGAAGACCAGAUCUGGAAAGGAAUCAAAGCAACUCUGGAUGAUUAUGCUGCAAAGGUUAGGUCAAGAGGAGACAAGGAAUUCAGCCCUGUGUAUCCUCUUAUGCUUCAACUAGGGUCUUCUUUGACUGAAAAUGCACCUCCAUCCCAAAAACAAUGAUACCUAUCCAAUAUUGCGUGCUCUAAAAUUUCAGGAGAAAACCUAAUGGCCUCCACCAAGAUUUUGUUUUAGGUAAAAUGUCAACUACAGGAGCAAUUGAGCAAGUUCAGUUUCAUAUUUUCAAAUUCAUUGCAAACUCAGGAAUUUGAAUUGAUUGUUUUUCUGCUUGUUUACCAUUUCUUCAAUGUUAAAUAGAUCUUAUAAAUCAUACGGGUCUGCUUUUUUUUAUCAAAAUUAUGUACAAUUUGGUGACUUUGUACAACUAACAGUGAUAAUAAUUUUAGUUUCUCCUA